CAUAAUACGAGGACGAACGCAGACGCAUCAGUGUCUCGCUGUGCACGCUGCAGGAUGCAGGCCACACUCAUAUUGGUGGCAGUUUUGGGUGCGUGUGCGCAGGCGGUGGACAUCUCGCUGCUGAACACGCCUGCGGUGAAGGCCCGCCUUGAGAACAACCCCUACGGAGGGCUCAACAUUGUAUUCACCAGGAAGGGCCUAACAGAAGUGAUAGCUGUGAUCGGACGCCGCACUGGGGCCAUCAAGGAUGUGGUGCAGGACAGUGACGUGGUGAUACAGUUCGCCAACGACACCACUGUCAGGAUCAGCGUGGAGGAAGUCUCCGGAGCCAGGAGGGGGCAGCUGCUCACCUUCACUUGGGAGGCGCCUAAGAGCGCACGGCUUGAAGACUGUGUCAAUCUUGGCACUAGCCACUGGUACGGGGGCCCGCAGCAGAAGCGACAGUACUGGCCGAUAGAGCGGCUGAUCCUGCCCGACUACUCGUACGUCACCAAGGAGGCCGACAACUGCGGCAUUGCGGAACCCUACUGGCUGAACUCUGAAGGCAUCUUCUACUACUUCGACAAGAAAGUCCCGCUGUUUAUUGAUCAGAACGACUUGGAGAAGAACGCAGCAUGUUUCAUCGCGCAGAUCAAACCGCCGUACUCCAGCAAACGGGAUCGGAACGACCUCAUCUACGCCAUCGGCAUCUUCGAGGACGUCAGACAAGCCCACGAGUAUGCCGUCGAGAAAUACCUCGAGAAACCAACAGGAAUCCCCGAUGAGAGGAUGAUUAAGUAUCCAAUCUGGUCGACCUGGGCGAGGUACAAGAGAAACGUUGACCACGACGUAGUUCUGAAGUUUGCCGAUGAAAUCACCCAGUAUGGUUUCCCGAACAGUCAGCUUGAAAUUGAUGACCUCUGGGAGGUAUGCUAUGGGGCACAGACGGUUGAUGUGACGCGGUUCCCGAAUAUGAAGAAUACCGUGGAUAGUUUGAAGUCGCGAGGGUACAGGGUCACGAUCUGGACGCAUCCCUUCAUCAAUAAAGGCUGCGAGCCGUGGUACUCUGAGGCUUUGAGCAAGGGAUACUUGGUGUCCUCGGAGUACGGAUCGGUGGAGACGAGCUGGUGGAACGACAACGAAACGACAACGGCGUACAUCGACUUCACCAAGCCCGAAGCCAGGAACUGGUACCUGGAGCGACUGAUGCGGCUGAAGAACUCUUAUGGGAUCGACAGCUUCAAGUUCGAUGGUGGGGAGUCUAGCUGGUCUCCGCAGAUCCCGGUGCUUAAAGGCGACAUCAGGGACCAGCCGGGAGUGAUCACCGCCGACUACGUGCGUUCGGUCGCGCAGUUCGGACCCAUGGUCGAAGUCAGAUCCGGUUACAAAACUCAAGACCUGCCGAUCUUCGUGCGUAUGAUCGACAAGGACACCUACUGGACCUUCGAGAACGGACUUCCAACCCUCAUCACGACUCUACUCCAGAUGAACAUGAAUGGCUACAGCCUGGUACUCCCGGAUAUGAUUGGUGGGAACGGCUACAAUGAACCACCGAGCAAAGAGCUGUUCAUCAGAUGGCUUCAAGCCAAUACUUUCAUGCCGGCGCUUCAGUUCUCCUAUGUACCUUGGGACUUUGAUAAUGAGACGAUCGAAAUCAGUAAGAAGUACGUGGCCCUGCACGCCCAGUACGCGCCGCAGAUCCUUGGCGCGGUGCGUCGCGCCGUGACGGAGGGCGCGCCCGUCAACCCGCCCAUCUGGUGGAUCGCGCCCAACGACACUACGGCUUAUGACAUCUGGGACGAAUAUCUUCUUGGGGAGACGAUCCUAGUCGCGCCGGUCGUAGAAAGAGGGGCUCGUGAGCGCGACAUAUAUCUCCCCCCCGGCACGUGGCUGGCGGAAGGGAACCCGGCACGACGCAUGCAGGGCGGCGACUGGUACAAGGACUACCCCGCUCCACUCAACACCCUGCCUUACUUCGUUAGAGUAUAAAUUGUAAACCAUAUUUUACUAAAGAGCUAUGUAUACUUAAGAUUAACUACAUCUUGCCAGCCACAUCACAUUUGCCUAUGCUUCUAUCUAUUUAUGUCACUCAGAACCAAGAUACUGACCCCGCCGGCGUGUGCUGCAUUCAGCGCUUAUCGCUGUCGGAUUCUUUUCUAUUUACUAUUACUAGCCUUGAUCCCACUGUUGGGCAAAGGCCUCCCCAAGUCGCGUUUUUUAGAUGAAUUGCUUCGAUGUGGCCUUUUUAACUCCUGAGCCCUCAGGUCUGUUGUUUUUUGUACCGGGUGAGAGCCUCCAGCGCUCCAUAAACAGCCAAAAGUAUACACUCAGAAACGUCAUUGUCAUUGUUAGAGCGGGAUAACGCGAUCGCACGCGGCUGAACCGACGAGGCGGUCCUAGUCGCACUCUCGGUUCUUAUCUCGCUCUAGCAAAUGACGGUUCUGAGUGACAGAAAAGGAUAGAUGCAUAGAGAUGCGAUGCGGCUGAUAUAGUUCAACGUUUAUGAAUUUCCUACUAUUUACUGUUGCGUGUAAAUAUUGAAAUUAAAUUAUGUUUCUUGUGUGA